AUGAGCGGCUUAACAGCACAACACAAGCAGAGUCCUUUGCAGGACCUCUUUCACAUCAUCACCAUGUUGCCCACGACAAUCCGCUCUCCGCCUUCCCUCGGGGACUUUAUCCCCAUCGAGGAGCACCAGGCUCAAACCCCCGAGACCUUCUUCGGCGGAAAGCCCGUCCUACACUUCCACCUCGACGGCGCAAAGGCUUGGAUCCCGGCCUCGCAGAAGGGCAGCUUGGCUGUCUUCCCUGCGGACGUCGCGACCGCCGCCUCUGCCCCUGAGGGCACCACGUUGAGAGAACUCUCCGAGGAGCUGGUCGAGCAGCUGGUUUCCGUCUUUGUCACGUCAGAGAACUUCACCGUCUUCUCCGCUGCACAAGGCGCGGGUGUCGAGAUCCCCUAUCCCUCCAUUUCCAUCCACGCGGUAAAGCAAGUCGGCACCACCGCCGAGGGAACCCCUCUCCAGGCCAUCUGGAUGCAGCUGCAGCUCGGCGACGGCGGCGACGGCGACGACGACUUUGAGACGAUCGACCUGACCCUCAUCCCCGCCCUGACGGCCGGCAGCCCCCAGGCCGAUAUCCAGAAGUUCUACGACGCCAUCUCGGCCUGCUCCGACUUGCACCCCGACCCUGUCGACGAGGAGGACGACGACGAGGACGGCCGCAUCGUCUUCGAGGGCGAGCGCGAGCAUGAGCCCGUCGAAGGCUAUACCGGAGUUCUGUACGGCGCCCACGACGGCGGCCUGCCCCCCGCGUUCCCAGGCAGCGGCGGCUGGAUCACGGCGGAGAACGUGCACGAGCACUUUGAUGCCGACGGCAACUGGAUCGGCCAGAACGGCGCUGAGGAGGAUGGAGAGGUGGACGCGGAAGGAGGCGAGCUGGGCGAGGGCGCCGGGCGUGUUCGAGGACACGAUGAGGUCAACGACGGCGUGAACGGUCAUGACGAUCCCGACAACAAGCGUCCGCGCGUGGGCGAGUCAUGA